AUGUACUACAAGAAGACUCACCCUUUGGUAAAAGAAACAGUGGAGAAAGGAUUUUGCAAAGUGAAUGGCAGUGUGCGAGUGGUGUUCUGCACAAUUGCUUUUGGAAUGGGUGUCAAUGUGGAAGGUGCCUACAUUGCCCUUCAUUUUGGCCCCUCUAGCUGCCUUGAUGACUAUCUUCAAGAAGUUGGUAGAAUUGGUCGGAGUAGUGACAAGCAGAGCCAUGCUGUACUUCUUACAUACUCUGGAUGCACAAGGGGCAAAAAUAUCACAAAUGGAAGGAAAGAGUAUGUAAGAAACACAGAUGUGUGUAGGCAUUCCUUGUUAAUCCAGCCAUUUUUGGAUUGUCAAGACAAACCAGAUGAAGAGACCAGAAUGGAGCGUCAUUCAUGUUGUGAUGUAUGUGCAAAGACAUGCCGAUGUUUGUGCCUGUGCAAGGGUAAAUGCACAUGUGACAAUGUGUGCAACAGCGAAUGGUUUUUUCACCAAUGGAGGCUAUUUCCGAAUCCAACAGUGUAA